GGCCAGGCCCGCCUAUAAGAGGCGCGGCGGGGCUGGCCGCGCUCAAUUGGUGAAGCCCCCGGGUAGAGCGCGGAGCUCCGGUACUGACCGCGCCCAGCAGCCCCCCGUGCUCAGGUGUGUGCUGAGGUGAGAGCUGUUGAGCAAUGGCGUUUAAGAAGGUUUGGUGUGCCCUAGCCCUGGGAUUUCUGCUGCAUUUCUCUUGUGCCCACACGGACUUCUUCACUUCCAUUGGUCAUAUGACAGACUUAAUUAAUACAGAAAAAGAUCUGGUCGUGUCACUCAAAGAUUACAUCAAGGCAGAGGAAAGCAAGCUGGAACAGAUCAAAAAAUGGGCAGAGAAGUUGGAUCAGCUGACAGCUACUGCCACGAAAGACCCAGAGGGGUUUCUGGGCCAUCCUGUGAACGCGUUCAAGUUGAUGAAACGGCUCAACACCGAGUGGGGUGAGCUGGAGAGCCUGGUCCUCAAGGACAUGUCAGAUGGCUUUAUCUCCAACAUGACAAUCCAGAGGCAGUUCUUCCCAAAUGAUGAGGAUCAGACUGGUGCAGCCAAGGCUCUCCUGCGGCUCCAGGACACCUACAACCUGGACACAGACACCCUCUCAAGAGGGAACCUGCCAGGUGUGAAGCACAAAUCCUUUCUAACAGCUGAGGAUUGCUUUGAGCUGGGGAAGAUUGCCUACACAGAGGCUGACUACUACCACACGGAGCUGUGGAUGGAGCAAGCCCUGAAGCAGCUGGAUGAGGGAGAAGUGUCCUCUGCAGACAAAGUCUACAUCCUGGACUACCUGAGCUACGCCGUGUACCAGCAGGGGGACCUGGGCAAGGCCAUGGCGCUCACCAGGCGCCUCCUGGAGCUGGAUCCUGAACAUCAAAGGGCAAACGGGAACAUGAAAUACUUUGAAUACAUCAUGGCUAAAGAAAAAGAAGCAAACAAAUCCAGCACGGAUUCAGAAGAGCAGCAGGAGAAGGAAACUGAGGUUAAGAAAAAGGAUUACCUGCCUGAGAGAAGGAAGUACGAAAUGCUGUGCCGUGGGGAGGGGCUCAAAAUGACUCCCCGGAGACAGAAGAGGCUCUUCUGCCGCUACUACGACGGGAACAGGAACCCCAGGUACAUCCUGGGCCCUGUCAAGCAGGAGGACGAGUGGGACAAGCCUCGGAUCGUUCGCUUCCUGGACAUCAUCUCUGACGAGGAGAUCGAGACCGUGAAGGAGCUGGCCAAGCCCAGGCUCAGCCGUGCUACUGUUCAUGACCCUGAGACUGGGAAACUGACCACAGCACAUUACAGAGUCUCUAAGAGCGCGUGGCUCUCGGGCUACGAGAGCCCGGUGGUGUCGCGCAUCAACACCAGGAUCCAGGACCUCACGGGGCUGGACGUGUCCACAGCAGAGGAGCUGCAGGUGGCAAAUUAUGGAGUGGGAGGACAGUAUGAGCCCCACUUUGACUUUGCACGGAAAGAUGAGCCAGAUGCUUUUAAGGAAUUGGGAACAGGCAACAGAAUUGCUACUUGGUUGUUUUAUAUGAGUGAUGUGUCAGCAGGGGGAGCCACGGUCUUCCCUGAAGUGGGAGCCAGCGUUUGGCCAAGAAAGGGCACAGCUGUGUUCUGGUACAAUCUCUUCCCGAGCGGAGAAGGCGAUUACAGCACGCGGCACGCGGCCUGCCCAGUGCUAGUGGGAAAUAAAUGGGUCUCCAAUAAGUGGCUCCACGAGCGGGGGCAGGAGUUCCGCCGGCCGUGCACGUUAUCGGAGCUGGAAUGAGCAGCCCGGGCUCCUGGGUUCUCGCUGUGUGGGACAGGCACACUCCUGCCAGUUUACAACUGACUAACAAACACUCCACCACAGGUUCACCCCACCCGUGCCAGCUGUGGACAGGACAAACUUGCUUUUAGUUCCCUCCAAAUCCCCCCUGAGGUUCGUCAGCAGAAAAUACCCAGGUUGACAAGUGUUACUGGAAAAAAAAAAAAAGGACAAAAUACAGAUGAGGGCCACAACUUA